AUGUAUUCGAAUACAGCAUUAAUACGCUCAAUAACAGUUUAUGGCGGUUCGCCUAUAUUUAUUUUUGGUACCUUGGGAAAUUUACUUAAUAUUCGUUUUCUUUGGCGAACUCGUCGAAAUCCAUGUGCAUUUAUAUUUUUGGUUUCAUCAUUUUUUAAUUGUAUUGUCUUAUUUUAUGGUUUAUUUACAAGAAUAUUAAGUAUUGGAUUUGAUCUUGAUUGGUCAAAUACAAAUCGUAUUUGGUGUAAAACUCGUAUUGCUUUUACCGAAGCAAGUUUUUUAAUCUCAAUAACAUGUAUUUGUUUAGCGAGUAUUGAUCGAUUUCUUACUAGUUGUCGUCAGGAAAAAUACAGAAAAUUGAGUCGAUUAUCAUUAACUAGAUGGGCAAUUAUUCUAACAAUUAUAUUUUGGUUGGGUCAUUCUAUUCCUUAUCUAAUACAUGCUGAACUAUCAUAUAACUCUAAGACGGGUUUAAUAUCGUGUUUACUUCUUAUAAAUACGGCUCAUGCUAAUUAUCUAAGAUAUGUUGCACUUCCUGUCUAUCUUGGUUUAUUUCCUAGCAUGAUUCUAAUAAUAACAGGUCUAAUGACAUAUAGAAAUACAAAUAGAUUACAAAUACUUCGUCAACGUCAAUUACUUCAAAAACAAUUAACAUCAAUGAUGCUUACACAAAUUCCAAUAAUACUUUUUUCAACAUUACCAUAUAUUAUAUUUACAGAAUAUACAGCAGUUACUUCAACCAUAAUUAAAUCUACUGAUCAAAAAGCAGUUGAACGUUUAUUUACAAAUAUUGUUACACUUCUAUUUUAUAUAACAUUUGCAUGUCCAUUUUUUGUUUUUUUUGCUUCAUCAGCAUCGUUUAGACGGGAGGCAAAAAUGUUUCUUUUGCGUGAAAAAACAAAUUUAUUCACAACUAACCAAAUUCAACCUUAUUCAAUAGCCAUUAUUAAAAAUAUACAACCUGCAAUAGUUAAUGAAAAUAAACAUUAG